UUUUUCCUCCUCCUGCUGCGUUCAUCUAACGGAAAGGUGGAUCAACAUUUCCAGUCGCGUCCAACGCGCGUUAUUCCCGUGGAUGUAAAAUGAACACACAGCACAAUCGUGGACUUUACGGCGCAAGAUCUUCUCCCACUCCUUGAUCCUUCACUUUUUUUGUAUUUUUUUUCUUCUUUCUUUAAGAAAAUAAAUAAAUAAAUCUGAUCCGAACACAAUCCUGGUUAGAGGAAAAAACUUUGGAGCUAUUCACAGGAUCACACGGAACAUUUUCUGGAAGUGGUCCACCAAUUAACAUUCAAGAUGGAUGGACAGUGUUACUACAACGAAACCAUCGCCUUCUUUUACAACGCAAGCAAGAAGCACCUGGCUACGGAGUGGAAUACAGUCAGUAAACUGGUGAUGGGACUUGGGCUUACAGUAUGUAUCUUUAUCAUGCUUGCCAACUUGCUGGUCAUGGUGGCCAUCUACAUCAACCGCAGAUUUCAUUUUCCAAUCUAUUAUCUCAUGGCUAACCUAGCAGCAGCGGACUUUUUUGCCGGACUGGCUUAUUUCUACCUGAUGUUUAACACUGGGCCCAACACGCGCCGGCUAACCGUUAGCACGUGGUUACUUCGCCAGGGGCUCAUCGACACUAGCCUAACAGCAUCCGUAGCCAACUUGUUAGCCAUCGCCAUCGAGCGUCACAUCACCGUCUUCCGCAUGCAGCUCCACACCCGCAUGAGUAACCGCCGUGUGGUCGUGGUCAUCGUCAUCAUCUGGACUAUGUCGAUCGUUAUGGGUGCUAUCCCUAGCGUGGGCUGGAACUGUAUCUGCGCCAUCAAAACCUGCUCCAACAUGGCGCCACUCUACAGCAACUCCUACCUUGUCUUUUGGGCCAUCUUCAACCUUGUGACCUUCGUGGUCAUGGUGGUGCUUUAUGCCCACAUAUUUAUGUAUGUUCGCCAGCGCACCAUGAGAAUGUCACGUCACAGCUCGGGUCAGCGGCGCAACAGGGACACCAUGAUGAGCUUGCUGAAGACGGUGGUCAUUGUUCUUGGUGCUUUCAUUGUGUGCUGGACGCCUGGUUUAGUUCUCCUGUUGCUUGACGUUUUCUGUGAAGAAUGCAACGUGCUGGCUUUCGAGAAGUUCUUCCUCCUCUUAGCCGAGUUUAACUCGGCCAUGAACCCGAUCAUCUACUCCUACCGGGACAAGGAGAUGAGCGUUACAUUCAAGCAGAUCCUGUGCUGCCAGCGGCAAGAGAACAUUAACGGUACCGUGGAGGGUUCAGACCGCUCGGCUUCCUCGCUCAACCACACUGUCCUAUCUCCACACAAUAAUGACCACUCAGUGGUCUGAACACAGCAGAGGAACGCAGAGGCACUACCGGGACUUGAACGAAGCUCCUUGCCAAGUGGCAGAGCUACACAAGUGGCAUUUGCAUGACCAAAAAAAACCUAUUUUUUUGUUGAGGGUUUUGUUCAUGAGUUCUAUUUUUUGGUGACGCUAUAUUUAGUAUUUAAUGAGUGAUUUUCAGCGCAAACUGGUUUUUGACGAUUUUCCAAAAGUGGUAAUUGUUAGGUCCAGUAUGUACAAGUUUCAUUUUUUAUACUACCCAGUAAGUCUUGGGUGUGCUCAGUAUUAUUAAAAAGAAAUCCUAUUAACCUUUAUGCUUAGGCUUUUGCACUAUAGAGGUAAGCAGUGCACUCUUGAGACCACUGAUUAAUGGCACAGUCUGUCGCCAGCGAAUCUGAAGACGAUGUGUAUCUCAUUAGGUCUGUGGCAUCACCUAAUUAUUACUACACUUGUACACGGAUUACAAGGAUAUAUAUACUAAGGACAUCUAGAAUAGAAAAAAGAACAAUGGUAUUAAAAAAAAAAAAACGUUCCGACACGUACGUCGAUAUAAAUAACUUGAAUCGCCUAAAGCUUUUGUGGCACGGUGGAGCGACAGCAUCAGAGCGUGAACUUUUUUCACCAUGUUAGUGUCAUUCAGAUCUGAUUUUGGUAGCUCUUUAUGUUUUGUAUUGUAUUUUUAUAUGAUUUUUUUUUUUUUUUUUUUUUAAACAAAACAACGACCACUUACGUAUAUGAGCCAUUUCUUUUCAGGGAAUCCAAAUCAUGGACUGUCACCACAUUAUAAAGUGCCCUUAUAUAUACAUCCAUGUAUAUGUGUGUGUGGACUAUAUGGACAAAAGGAUUGAAACACCUGCCUUUUCCAGCCAUAUGUGAUUCUUCUCCAAACUGUUAACAAUAUCGGAGGCACACAAUGGUAUAAGACGUCUUUGGAGGUUGUAGCAUGAAAAGUCUCUUUUCACUUCAAUUAGGAGACCCAAACCUGCCCAUAUGCACAAAGCCAGCUGCAUGAAGAUUGUGAUUUAUAUGGGUGGAAGAUGUGGAAGCUCUUCUAUUAUAGAGCUCCAACCCUGUUGAACAACUUUGGGAUGAAUGUGAAUACUGACUGCACCCCCCCCCUCCUCUUCCUCACCUACAGAACAAAUCCCAACAAAAUCUUUUACAAUAUCUUCCCAUAUAUGAGAAGUGGAGCUUAUUAUAACAGCAAAUGGGUCUAAAUGUGGAAUAGCUUUAAAAGCAAAUACUAAUCAUAUGGUCAGGUGUCCACACACACACACACACACACACACACACUCCAACUCAUGUAAACCAUCUUCACGGAGUUGGAUUGUUUUUUCCUGAUAUAAUAUAAACUGUCACAGAGUAGCAGAUAUUCUGAAAUCCUUGUUCAUGGUCUCAUGUGUGACAUUAUUAAUGUCCAGGCAGCCAAGUCGUAAGCGCCAUGAAAUGUAUCUUAUGACACGAACAUAAGAGAAUUUACAUGAUCAGUGUAUGUUGGUCUGUAUGUACAGUAUGUAUAUAAAAUAUGUAUAUAUUCAAUGUUAGUCAAAAAGGGAAUCUUUAUUUUUGAGGACUUUUUUUUUUUUUUUUGCUCUCAGUUGUAUCCUGCAUAACACUUAAAUUAUUUUUCAAUCUUUAACUAAUAUGCAAACGUUUAGUAUUUCCCAUAAAAUUACUCAGACAUUUUAGACCUCCUUAGUGGGGGGGUGGGGGUGGGGGGGUGGAAGCAUCUUUUGUGCAAAUGGUUUUGAAGACAGUGGAUACUAACAUUGCUAAUAAAUAUAACAGCAGCAAUUCAUGCAAAUGUGUGCCCAUUAAGUGUUAUGAUCGAUUAUUCCUUUCGGAUGAAGCGCGCCAUUCAGCCGGAAUAUCGCCUAGGAAUGGGUCCUCGUAUCUAACCGGACCACAAUACUGUUUGCAAUAAACUUCAGUCUUGGAGAGUUGGUUUGUUUCCCUCCAUCUUUAUGAGUUUCCCAAAAACAUACGAUUUCCAUGAUGUUUAUUUCACUGAUUUUGAUAUUGAUGUAAUAUGAUGAUCUUUUUCUCCCAUACUCAUGCCUAAAUUCUGUAGGGUUUGUCACCUAAACUCACUAUAAUUCAGUCUGACGGACUUUUUUUUAAUAAACUUGUAUGAUAUCAGGA